AUGAGGAUAAAUACCAGAAAUUCGUUUGUGAUUCUACUUUUGAUGUUUGCUUUGUUGGCACCAGGAACACCUUAUCCAAAAGAGUCUGAUCCAUCAAAACCUUCAGGUUCAGUUGCUGCUGUCUUUUGCCGAUGGCCGCAAAUUGAAGUUAGAGGAAAAUGUGUUUGUAGAACUGAAUUUGAAUGUGGCAAUGACUACUUUUGGGAUGAAGAAACGAGAAGAAUAUAUUUUUCUAGAUGA